UUCGGUUCUCCAAGACAAACCUGUGCGCGUAGAGCGGCGAUUCAGGCGUUCGCAGGGAUGGAAUCCAUCUAUAGUCGAGUAGAAUCGUGGAUCAAAGAUCAGACAGCGAGGAUUGGAGUAUCCUGGUUGCCCCCGGCGCCGCCGAGAUGGCAUUGGCCGCGAUGGCCUCCGUGGAAGGGCCAACAGGACCGGCGUGAGCAGGAGAGGUUGUUUCGGCAGGAGUACGAGAGGCAGCGGAGACAGCUCCACGAUCUGUGCCGCGCUGCCAAAGCCGAAUCCAUCGCUGAUCUCCAAGAAAUUCUCUGUUCUAUGGUCCUCGCUGAGUGCGUCUACAAGCGGCCUGCAACGGAGAUGAUACGAGCACUCAACAAGUUCAAGUCUGAUUUUGGCGGACAGCUUGUUUCUCUCGAGCGUGUGCAGCACUCCUUGGAUCAUGUAGCCCAUCGGUAUCUAUUGGCUGAGGCUGGUGAUACACUGUUUGCUUCAUUUAUUGGAACUAAACAGUACAAGGAUGUUAUCACUGAUGCUAACUUUUUCCAAGGGGCUAUAUUCCAUGAAGACGAUGAAGAAGAUUUGGAAGCAGUUGAUGUUAUGGAAAAUGAUACAGUUGACAGCCAAGCGAAGAUAGAAGUGAAUAUUCUUAAGUCUUCUAAAGGAAAGCCCAAAAGGCUACAAAAAAAUGCAAAGCCUGCUGCACACAGGGGAUUCCUUGCCCGUGCUAAAGGAAUACCAGCUUUGGAGAUUUACAGGCUUGCUCAGAAGAAAAAUAGAAACCUUGUUCUUUGUGGGCAUUCACUUGGUGGUGCAGUUGCUGCAUUGGCCACGCUAGCAAUUUUGAGAGUUCUUGCUUCGUCUUCUAUAUCUCAAGGACAUGGGAAAGUUCAAGUAAAGUGCAUUACCUUCUCCCAACCACCAGUUGGGAAUGCUGCACUGAAAGACUAUGUUCAUCAGAAGGGAUGGCAGAAGUAUUUUAAGUCUUACUGUAUUCCAGAAGAUCUGGUGCCACGCUUAUUAUCUCCUGCCUAUUUCCAUCACUAUAAUUCACAGUCUCUUCAAUCAACUUCUGAUGCAGCUCUUGUUGAUGCAUCAGUGGUUAAUUUUGCCAAUAGCACAAUGCAAUUACAAACACUGAAAUCUAAAGGUUCAAGUGGAGAGCAGCUUGUGUUGGGCCUAGGUCCAGUUCAGAUGCCAUUCUGGAGAUUAUCUAAGCUGGUUACGUUAGAGGGUGUUCGUAAACAUUUAAACAUACUUAGAAGAGGAGGGAGUAAAGAUGAAAAACCGUCCUCAAUUGUUGGUCAUAAUAGCCCAACUUUACUAUUUGCUGAAGCUGAAGCAGAACCGCAGUCCCUUGAGAUCCAAGAGGGUGCUGAAGGUAUCUCUCUUAAACCAAUUUCUGACACACAGACAUUGUCUCCUGAAGGAAAUAGUAAAACAUUUAAUGGAAGAAGUGGCGUUGGAUCUGGAUAUACUAGCAGAUGGAAGAGGGUUCCUUAUUUACCUUCAUAUGUACCAUUUGGUCAGCUAUUUCUUUUGAGAAACUCAUCAGUGGAGCUGCUUUCAGAUGCUGAGUACUCUAAAUUGUUAUCGGUGAGUUCUGUUAUUUCAGAAUUGAAGGAACGAUUACAGUCACAUUCAAUGAGGUCAUAUAGGUUUCGCUUUCACAAAAUAUAUGAGCAAUGCAUGUGCAUAAAUGCUGCUUCAUUUCUUGGUAUUGAACAGCUGCCACAAUUUCCACAUUUGCAGCAGUUGCUUGGGCUGAGAGCCGCCGGUGAUGUAGAACUUGGUCAUAUUGUUGAUCCUCCUAUCAUACGGACCGCGACAUCCAUCCUUCCCCUUGGAUGGAGUGGUAUGCCUGCCAAUAACAAUGCUGAACCACUUAAAGUUGAUAUUAUUGGCCAUGGACUGCAUAUGUGUACUUUAUUUCAAGCUCAAGUAAAUGGCAAAUGGUGUUCAACUGCGGUUGAGACAUUACCGACAAUGCCCUCAUACUCAUCAAACAUUUUUGCACAACCUGAUUUACAGAAGAUGCGUCUUCUGAUUGGCGCUCCACUGAAAAGGCCACCAAAAUAUCCUGCCGAUGAAAUUUUGCCUCUGUUUUCUUAUCCAGCUGCGGAGUCCAUUGAUACUAAACCAGAUGAGAAAUCCAAAAUUUCAAGUAUUGAUGGUUUAGCAGAUUUUUUUGUGUACUGCACCAGUGAUUUUAUCUCUGUUCCAAAGCAGGUUCAUGCUAGAGUUCGUCGAGUGCGGCUUCUUGGGCUUCAGGGUGCUGGGAAAACUUCUCUGUUGAAAGCAAUGUUAGAUCAAAAUAAUCGAAGAGAUUUUGCAAAUAUUGAUUGGGUUCAUCCGCAGGAAAGUUUUAUUGAUGGAUUAUGCUAUCUCGAUUCAGCAGGAGUAAAGUUGCAGGAACUGCACUCAGAAGCCAGAAAGUUAAGUGAGGAGUUGCGGGAAGGCACGCAUGAUCUUAGCAAGAAAAUUGACUUGGUUGUGUUGGUGCAUAACCUGUCGCAGCAAAUACCACGAUAUCAUCAAUCAAGCCAAUCUACAGCACAGCCAGCCCUCACUACUCUUCUAAAUGAGGUGAAGACUUUUGGCACCCCUUGGGUUUUGGCCAUCACAAACAAAUUCUCUGUCAGUGCACGCGAGCAGAAGAUGCUGGUCAAAUCUGCAAUGGAGGCAUAUCAAACACCUCCCACCAUGGCCGAAGUUGUAAACUCAUGCCCUUUUGUUGUGCCAAUUGUGUCUAAUUCGACUCAGAAGGUGAAUACAACAGAGAGUAACUUGACAAGGAGAAUAAGUGUUCUCAAGCUGAUUCUUGCUCCAAUCAAUCUUGCUCGUAUUCCCUUUCAAAGGAAAGACAUAAUAUUUCCUAUUGAGGGGAUUGCUGGUUUCCGAAAACUUGUACGUCAUGUUCUUCAUAGUCAUGAGGAGCUGGCUUUUCAAGAACUUGCGAAUGAGAGAUUGGCACUGGAGCUGGCGAGGGAAACAAAGAUCGCCGUGGAAGCAACGGCAGUUUCUCAGGAAAAGGGGAGCUCGAUCACAGCGGCGGCGGUCGGGGCGUCUCUAGGUGCCGGCCUUGGCCUCAUAAUGGCUGUGGUGAUGGGAGCAGCCUCCGCCUUGAGGAAACCCUAACAUCUUUCACCUUCUGGACAUGAUGAAAAUGGUAUUUUUUUUGUUACUGGAUUAGAUUAGAUUCACCAAGUAUAUUUUCAUUUUUUUUUGUUUAUAACUCUGCACAUUCUUGUACAGGCAAGAUGCUUACAUUCUAUGAGCAUGCUGCCUUGUUUUUUUUUUAUUAAAAUGUUCUUCAACUCAUUGAAUAGAUACUGUAAAAUGAGACAUUUUUAAAGUUAUUUUUAUAUAAAUUAUAGUAUGAUUUGAGAA